AUGGUCACUAUCCAGAGGAUGUACGCGUCCAUCUGGAUUUGGCUUGUGAGUGUGAUAAUUUCGAGUGCAACAUCAAAUGUAGUUUCUGAUUCGAAUGGCCGAUGUUCGGGCCGGAAAUACACAUCCAUUUUGAAUUCAAUCGAUGAUGUUGAGGAUUUGGAAAUUGACGUCCCCGUCAAUAUUGCUUUUGACACCAUGCAAAAAAAGAGAUUCAUUCUCUAUCUCAAUUCAUCUUCGCCACUUUUUAUAACCUUUUCACAAAAUGUGGUCCGAAAAAUCUACUUUAAUCAAACAACCAAUUUAUCGAGAAACUUCAAAUCGGAUUUGAAAGAAAUCCUUUUACCAUGUGCGUUGAGUGGCCAAUACGACUUAUUCGUGCGGGCCAGGCAGCGUGGCUCAAUGAAAAUGGAAGCUCACGCUCAACAUCCACAAUCCAAUUGGGCGCUAUUGAACCGGACGAAUCAGAUUAACAUACGCAGUCAGAAUCGAAUGCGGAAAAGCCAGAUGAUAAUUAAGUGGAGCAAGAGCAAGUUCGACAUCCAUGCGGUGCACUAUUGCUUGGUGAUUAAUGCAAAGCGAACACAGAAGAAUUUCUGUAUGGCAGUAAAUGAGUUUGUGGUGGGCUCGAUGAGGAAGGGUAAUUGUUUCCCCGGAUCAGCGAUGGACUAUGUUUGGCAAAAGCCAGCCGAAAGGGUAAAGAAAAUUGAUCCCCGCAUCACCAAUGUCAUUUGCACCGGUUCACGUACUCAACAAGUCAUCAAAGGCCUGACACCCAAUACAACCUAUUUUGUGGAUAUUUUUGGGGUACACACCAAACGGCAGAACCUCACCUUUCACAUUGCUGCAACAACUGUUAAAUUCAAUCGAACCCACCCCUCAUCGCUGCGAGAGAAUGACUUGAGUGUGGAGAAAAUCUCAGGCAUGACCAGCGUAUCGGUUUUUAGCUUUAAGGUUCCAUCGGACGAACUCCGUGCAGUAUCACAGCUACGCUACCUUAUUCUGCCAUGUGGCGGCAGUGAAGUCGAUGCGAAAAUCCUAAAACAACGAACCGUUGUAGGCCAGGCCGAUGGAAUUUACAAGCCCACCUAUAUAAACAUGAAUAACGCUCUGCCUGGUGACAGGUAUAUUAUUCGCGUUAACCCUAGCAACGAGGACGAGGUCCUGCGAGCAAAUAAAGUUGGGUUGGCCGUAACGACAGGUCGUACAUUCAAUAACCUCCCUGAACUGCCCGAGAAUGUAACCGUGUACGAAGUGCGGUCCCGCAAGAAUUGCAAAUCGACAACAAUAGCGUGGUAUGCAUCGCCUGAAAUCAGGACAAUCGGAUACUGCAUCAUUGUGUUCAAUCUGCCGAAUCGAAAUCGCAGCUCUGUCGAUUCAACUAAUUACUGCAUGGAUUUUGGCAAGCGUAUCAUGCAGCAUCCGCAGUUCUAUUCGAUUAAGUGCUCAGAAAGGAGUAAGAUCCAAUCACCACUUGAAACACACACCAUUUUCAAUUUGAGUCCUGGUGAAAGCUACUUAAUUUAUGUCACAGUUUACCUGAUCGAUGGCAAAGCCUUGCCUUAUGAAAGUCUAAAAGUACGAAUGAGCCAUCAGUGUCACAAUGAAUUAUACGAUUCAAGGGAAUCAGCAACUUACUAUUAGAAGAAACAAUAAAAGCAAUCAAGUAAAUAAAGCCAAAUGAGACCAGUGUCUUGCCGCCACAAUGCCACCAGAAAUUUGUAACCUAACGAGCCAUUUAUACAAAAACAAAAAUAUAUAUAAUAAUUUUAAUAAAAAAAAUUAUAAAAAUAUUCCAAAUCAAAUCAAAAUAAAAAAAAUAUAAGUAAAAAUAAAAAUAUAAACAAAACAGGAAUUACUCCCAAAACAAAUAAAACUACACAAACAAAAUGCCGUCUAUGUAUUUAAUUUUUCUUUAUAUAAAGCGAAAAAAGACUUAACUAUAAAUUAAUACAAAAUAAAAGCUUUUUUUUUUGUAAAUUUUAAUUCAUAAUUAUUUUAAGUCUUUUAAAAAGAAUAUAUGGUAUACGAAAAACUAUAAAUACGUUUAAGUUAAAUUUAUAUUUAUACAUAAAUAUAUUACCUUAUAUAUAAUUUAAUGAUGUAUGUUAAGUUUUAUAUUUUAUGUAGAAUAAAAAAUAUAAUUUUAAUUUUGAAAAUUAUUGUUAUAAAAUUAUUUUUUACUGUGCAAGCUUUAACUAAAUUUGUAUGUAUUAUUGUGUUGCGUGAUUGAGUUGAUUUUAUAUAUAUGUAAGUUUUUUCUUUUAAGUCGAGUUAUGAUAAUUUUAUUUGUAUAAAUUUAUAUUCAUAUUUAAAAAUAAGUUUUGCUGUGCUUAAUCACUAUGUUGCAAGAUUAGUAUUUAAGAGGCACUACAAA